UCUACCUAAUGAGAUCCUACAAGUCAUAUUCGACUACGCCACCAAGUUUCCCGGUCUGGUAUACCACCCAUGGAAGAACUAUCGAUCCACAAGCGAAUGGAGAAUAUCUUCGGUCACUAGACAGUCCAUUCCCCUCGUCUGUCGGCAAUGGCACGCCAAUGGACUACCAUUCCUCUAUCAACACAUUGCGCUAGAGACGUACUUCCAAGCCAUGAAGCUACAGAAAGUACUCGAAUCACUCUCACAAGAAGAUAAGGUCACGAGGUUGGGAUGGAUUCGAGGUCUUGAGUUUCUAGGGGUAACUCAUCAUGAAGGGGUCCUGCCAUAUUGGCGGAUGGCUAGGAAACUAAUCAUGGAUAUACCCCCAGGAAACAUCAAAACCUUCUCCAUAGAUGUAUUACACAUCACACUUUCCAUGGAAAAUUUGCAGGCCAUGUUGUCUGAGCUUGGCUCGGACGCUCUAAAUCGGGUACGCGAGCAUGUAGAAGUGCUGCAGCUCGGCUAUACCGAAUACUCUACCUCCCCUAUGGAUAUUCUGCGCGGAUUUUCCCAGCCUGAUGAUCAAGUCAUCAACUUUCCCAAACUACAUACCUUAUUUUUCAGUAUGGAAAAUCGACAGGGCCGUGAAGCACUAAUCUCAGAAGCCUUGAAUUCUCUCGGUGAUAACCUCCAUCAACUUCGGUCCAUGGCUUUCGCCUGGCCCAGAGAGGUCUCAGCCGUCAACUCGUGGCUCAGGUUACUGCAGCGUGCAAGGAACAUCACGAAUAUCUACAUUAGUACCUGCACAUUUGGCGACUUGCUACAUCGAGACUUUGAAGGGCUUCUCACUGCACUCCCCAACUUGAGCCACCUCACAUUCUCCCUCUCAUUCCUGACAGAUUCACAUCCUCCUUGGACCUCUAAGUUUGGUGUGUACCACAGCAAGCUCGAAACGAUCACCAUACUAUUAGAGUCUCCAAUCGCAUACGAGAUCAUUCACUCGUCGCAACCACUAUCGUCCAAAAUCCUAUAUGGCGAGCUACCACAACUGAAGUCCAUCGUAAUUAAAGGACCGUAUCUAUCUGGUUGUCUAGACUCAUCUUGGACGCUUGCUCAUGGCACACGUGAAAAAUGGAGAGCGGCCAUCGAACUUUGCGCUGCAGCGGGGGUUCAAUUGGUGACCCUUCAGAAUGAUGCGAUACAUUUAUGGGACGAGCGGCAUGGUAUCGACAAGGAAGAAGCCACCCGGCUUCGAAAGCCCAAAAGGAAGAAGUCCCAAGAUGAAGAGAAUCGCGAUGAGAAUGCUUCAGAAAGCCCGGAAGAAGAGAGUGGGGAUGAUGAUCUCAUGACGGAUACGAGCGACGACAGUCAAUGGUACCAGCUCGAAACGGAUAGUCAUCGAUUUUCGGUGGAAGCUUCUAGCGACGAGGACUCUGAUGACGGGCCUUAUCGCUAUGUAGGCCAACCCGAUAUUGAAAUGGUCGACUCAGAUUCAGAGGUGGAUUUGAACUCGAUUUCUGACGAAUCUGAAGAUCCUCUGUAA